AUGCGCAACCCAUCAAUGGUACGUUCGGGACCACAGCGCAGAUUGCGAGACUCGCGCAGACUAACCAGACCCAUUGGCGUGAUAGGGACCCUCCCAAAUGGCGGGGGUGAACCAACCGCAACCUCGAGCGGCUUUGAGCUGAUUUCGGGCCCCUUGAUCAACUUGAAAAACAUGCACUACCAAAGCACCACCGUCUGGCACGGUAGUGUCCUGAUUGUCACGAAGCCAGGCCAGGAAAAGCCCCAAUUGCGCCUGCGCCAGCUCGGCUCAAUGGACGGACAGACCGGCAACUCCCAACCCCAAACCGUCGAGGGUCUGAAGCUAUACGAGGAUCCCGAGAAAGCGUUCUGGCGGUUCUCGCUAGCCGUGCCGGUGGAGAAGUUCGAGGCGCGCUGGGAAUACGAUAUCCCCGGAUUGUACAACGGGUCCGGGGAUCAGGUCCAGGCACCCUGGGAAUUUGUGGUCCCCGCGGAAGAACAGUCCAUGCGCAUCAUGUUCCACUCGUGCAACGGCUUCUCCGUCGGCACGGACAUGAACGCCUGGGUGGGCCCGAACCUGUGGAAUGAUGUGAUGCGCGUACAUGGCGAAAAGCCCUUCCACGUCAUGGUUGGUGGCGGCGACCAGAUUUAUAACGACGGCAUCCGUGUAGAUGGUCCGCUCAAGCCCUGGACGGCGAUCGGGAACCCUCAUAAGAGACGCAACCAUGACUUCAACAACCAAAUGCGCUCCGACUGCGAUGAUUACUACUAUGCCAACUACGUGCGCUGGUAUAACACUGAGCCCUUCCGUGCGGCAAACGGUCGCAUUCCUCAGGUCAAUAUCUGGGACGACCAUGACAUUAUCGAUGGCUUCGGUUCGUACACUGAUCAUUUCAUGAAGUGUGCCGUGUUCCGCGGUAUCGGUGGUGUUGCUUUCAAGUACUACUGCCUUUUCCAACAUCACAUGGCCCCUCCCAAGUCUACCUUCACCACCGAUGCCCCGCAGACUAUGCAUGCGGUCAAUGGAACCUCGGGGGUGGACCCACGCCAGGUGGAAAACACUUACGUUUUGGAAAACCAGGUGGAAGACGAUAGCUGGAUCACUGGUAAGCGACCCGGUCCAUACGUGGAAGAGCGCAGUAGAAGCUUGUACAUGCGUUUCGGAAAGCGCAUUGCCUUCAUGGGCCUGGACGCUCGUACCGAACGCACUCGCCACCAGGUCAACUAUAACGACACCUAUGAUCUGAUCUUCGAGCGGCUCCAACGUGAAAUUGCCGCUGCAGAUGGCGACAUCAAGCACCUUGUCGUGCUGCUUGGUGUGCCAAUCGCCUACCCUCGUCUUGCCUGGCUUGAGAAUAUCCUCACUUCACCGGUCAUUGCCCCGAUCCGACUGUUAAACAAGCGUUUCGGUGUCGCUGGUGGUCUCUUCAACGAGUUCGACGGACAGGUCGAUCUUCUUGACGAUCUGGACGACCACUACACUGCGCGUCAGCACAAGCGCGAGCGAAAAAUGCUCAUUCAGCGCCUCCAAGAGCUCGCACGCAGCAACAGCAUGCGCGUGACGAUUCUCGGUGGUGACGUGCACCUUGCAGCCAUCGGGCGGUUCUACUCGAACCCCAAGCUGAACCUUGCCGGCGAAAACGACCACCGCUUUAUCGUCAACGUCGUCAGCAGCGCUAUCACCAACAAGCCCCCACCAAAGGCCGUGGCCAACCUCCUAGCCCGCCGCAACAAAAUCCAUCACCUGGACCGUGACUGCGAUGAAACCCUCAUGCCCAUCUUCGACAAGCAGCCUGGUGGCCAGGAAAAGAGUGCUGCAUGGAACAAGGUCACCAUGCCAUCUCGCAACUACGCAAUCCUGACCGAGGUCACCGCGCCCAGUGCCACCGGCUCCGAUGGGAUUUUGGAGACUGAGAGCGCGAAGCUCGACAAGCUUCCCAAAGACGGUCACGCGCCACUGCACAAGGGCGAAGUCGGCGCUGGGUCCAACCACCGUGCCGCCGAUGGAAUUUCCGUACAAAGCGGGAUGUACGGUGGCCUCGAUGUCUCAAUCCGGGUCGAGAUCGAUCCCCAGGACCGCAGCGCCGCCACCGAGGGGUACGGCUUUAGCAUCCCGCCUCUCAUGGCUACUGAGGGGGCUCCGCGCACUGGUCAUCGGUUGAGCUUGCACUCCCGCAGGUCGCAGCCAAGUCGCCCCUCUACGGCUCAAUAA